UUUGUUGUCAGAAACGUCAGAAAACCAACACUAUCUAAAUUUAAAGCGUAGUUUGUCGUACAAUCAACAUGCACGGACGCCCAGCUGCUGUUAUUUCGUAUAAUUAGUAAAUUGGAUUUCGUGCGACAUAUAGACAGACUGCAAUUUUUGAUUUUGGCAAACAAAUCAAAACGCAACCAAAGGAACAGUGGCUAUUUUCACACACCACGUAACAUGUGCACACCAAUGCGUGCGUGCGUGUGAGUGAGUGUCAAAAAAAAAAUGACAGCAGAGACCAAAGCAACAAACCCAGAAGAAACUCAAACAACCUAGUACAUAGUAUAGGCAGCCAGCUGUGCGAGGUCGUGGGCCCCCUCCCGAAAAAAUCAACAAAAUUUGAUAAAUUUUACUGUUUUCUCCCGUUGGCCGAGAUCAGGAUACCCAACCGAAAUCGUUACCAAAUUGUUAACUUGCAACCACUUUUCGAUUUCAUCGAGCGUGUUAUGAACAUACUAAAACCAUCCAAGCUCAAGUGCAUCGUCUUAAACCAACUGCGUCACACUUGGACGUUUCUAUUGUUCGUGGUUGAUCUGCUGCAGUGUAUUAUCCGAGCGCCACAGCCCACCAAUAACCAAGAGCCACUGAAUAUUUUCAACAAUAACAACAACAACGACCUGAUCAUGGACCAGGACCUGCCGGAGGAGGGUUUGGGCCAACCGGGGGAUCAGCCCCCACAGCCACAGCAACCGCAGCCGCAGCAGGAACAGCAGAAUAUGCAGGUGGAAGGACAGGAGAUAGUUCCGUUUGAUCCCAGGGACUUUGUGGCCAGAAUACAUGCUAUUGCAGGCGCAGCGGAACCGAUGGACGCUGCCAGCGACAUUGACGAGGAGGAGGAAGAAGAUGACGAGGAUGUGGAUGUGGACUAUGGCGACACCGACUCAGAUUCCGAGUUUGAGGAGAUGUACUCGGACGAGUCCACCAGCAGUGAUGAACUGGAGGAGCAGAAGCAGAUCUCCAAACAGCUUGACGUCUUCCUCGGUCAGCAUCCGUCAGAGUCGCAAGGACAGCUCCUGGUGAAGCCCCAAUACGCCUUCCAACCGCUGCGCCUGGUCAAGUGCCAGUUCAGAAACAAGCACUUCCCCGGGGGAUUCCCGCUGGCGCGCAGUGGCCACCGUAUAAUUGCCUCCAGCUCGCAUCUGUAUUCGCUGGGUGGCUAUAAUCCGCGCAGUGCCCUGGUUGCCUCUCGCCGCGGACGCUGCCUGCUCUUCCAGGAGCUAUGGAGCUUCAACUUUGCCACCAGCACCUGGAAGCUAGAGCUGAAUGCGGACAAUGCCAGCAACAUGCCCGUGGAGCUGGCCUCCAAUGCGUUGACCAUUCACAAUAAUGUGCUGAUUUCUCAUGGCGGCACUGGCUAUCCCUUUGGGGAAUCCUGUUCCAACGACUGCUAUGUCUACCGCACGAAUAGUGGUGGCUCGAAGGCUGGUGUGGAACGUCUGAAGGUCACCGGCGAUCUGCCCACGGCCCAGUACGGUCCGGGAAUUGUGAUCCAUAAGCACUACCUGUACACGAUUGGCGGUACCACAGGAUUCGACUAUACAUGUGAUGUCUACCGCUUGGAUUUGCGCACCCGCAUAUGGGAGAAUGUGUAUAUUAGCCGUCCGGAAAUGCGCGACGAUCCGGAUGGUCGCUACCGCCACGAGGUCGUCUAUGAUGGCAAGCACAUCUAUGUGCUGGGCGGUGGUACUUCCCAUUCGGUCUACGACCUGCAGCGCAUUCCCGCUUACAAUCUGGAGGCGAAUUGUUGGGAUUACUUUGACACACAACCGGAUCGCAGUGCUUUCGAUAUGGAUGACGGGAACCGAGGCUAUCCGAGGCCACGAAAGUGCUUCUCCUGUGUUCAGCACGAGUCCUCCAAUGGAGACAUCGAGGCCUUCAUCACAGGCGGCUUACAGGGCGAUUUCUCCACAUAUUUCUCGGACAUCUGGAAGCUGAAUCUGCGCACUAAGCAAUGGUUCCGCAUCAUAACCGCCAGCUUGCCUCGCCCACUCUACUUCCAUUCGGCAGCUCACUCGGACAACGGGUGCAUGUAUGUGUUCGGUGGUAUCGAGUACAAUGACAAGGAGAUGCGCCGCCGCAACGACCUCUACAAGAUGUGGAUGACGGUGCCCAAACUAAGCGAGAUGUGCUGGGAUGCCAUUACCUAUUAUAACGACAAUCUCGACACGUAUGAUAGGAAGGCUCUCGUCGGAUACGGAAUACCCAAGCGUUUCGUGGACCGUCUGCCGCCCCACAGACGGCGUCGUUUGAACAGAUCCGGGACCGUAAUCCAGGAUCCAUCGAUGAUGAUUUCGCUUUAUUCCAAUCCAAAACGUGCCCGCUCCACAACGCAGUAGGCCUGUCCCACCCGGCACCCCAUCCGAUCCCCAGAUGACCCGAUAAUAAAGCGAAUCCGUGGCGGGGAGCGGUGCUUCCUCACCCCGAAUCAGUUUUGAGUUACAGAACUUUACGUUACUAUUGUUUAAAAGUUUUGUUUCACAUGAGCGCGCGCUGUGAUUGAAUACGAAGGACAUUUAUAGUUAUACACAUAUGUAUUUUGAUAUUUCGUAGACUCUCGAAUACUUAUGUAUUUUGAUAUUUGAAAGACUAGCGAAUACCCCGAGUACAUAGACACGGAGCAGACCGAGAAAGAAGGAGCAGACAUGUUUAGCAUGUAAAUAUGAUUGUAAUUAAGUUUAGCUAGCGGAACAACAGCCACAAACAGGCCAUAUGUACGUAUGUAUUCUAAACUUCAGCUAUCAGAUCAGCCAGCGCACCCUACACACACCUCCUUCCAGCUAUAAUACCACCAUCCCCCGUUAAAGCCUAACUUUAAUACUCGAAAUAAAACACGGCUAUGAAACAGUUCACCUUUCUUCAAUAUACCCAGCACCUCACGCACCCACCCACCCACUACCAAUUACCCACUCCUCAUUCAGACGAACCAAUAUAGAAGGCUACACCAAACAAUGUCAUAUAGAGGUAUAUGUAUUUUUGUCAAGUGUACAUAUUACUUAGCGGUAGUAAUAUUUAAUUAUCAUAAGACUCUCCAUCUUAAAUGCGAUAUCAUGUACCAAUGCAGUGCGUACGGUACUGCCGGAUUAUAUUACCCAAGACUAAAUUUGGUUGAAUCUAAGUUAAUAAAUAAAUUUUUAAUGCAAAA